GAUCAAUGAACCGCAUGGUUUCCUAUGAUUUGAUCGAUAGAGUCUUGACUGUCAGCUUAGAUCGAUCAUCCAUUGAACUGUGAUGAUGCUCAUUUGGACCAUAAUAUGCUGGAUAUAUCUAGCACGAAAGCUAUCGUCGUAUCUACCAAUUUUUCCAUUCCCUCAUAUCCAUCCUCGAACAGCAGUAUGAACCGUGUCUCGAAUGAUCCCAGAUGGUGGCCGGCCAUCAAUGGGACUCUCAUCUAUAGCUACUUUGCAGUUGCUUCUUCUGCUGGGGUAAUAUACGAUUGGGCACUGACAUUUGGACAAGAGGUCGAACUCGUCUGGAGGCAACGAUGGUCGCUGAUAACCCUUCUGUAUCUUAGUGUGCGCUAUUUUGGAAUUUUAUUUGUCGUCAUCAACAUACUGUACAAUGUUCCGACAAUUUCGAUGACGGAUACAGGGUGAGUGAGAUCCUCGAUUGGUCUGCUAGUCCAAUAUGAUAAUAAUCAUAAUAACCACAGCUGUGAGUUUGUAUCGAGCGCGUAAUCCUG